AUGUCGUCAACUCAGGAGCCCGAAGCUCCAGCCCACAACAGCGAAUCGCAAGCUCCCCUCGACACCGCGACAGUGAACCCAGAGCUCGAUCUCCCCAAGCUUCAAUCCCUUCCUGCCGAACAGCAGGAUCUUUUCCUGCUCACCUUUGUUUCGAGUUUGGCAAAACAUGUUCUGAGCUUAGAAGCAGACGACUGCACCGCACAGCAGUUCUAUCUCAAGAAGGAGAUCUUUCAAAUCAUCAACCUCUCAUCACCGCAUCCUUCUCGAGUCAUACGAAAUAACCUGGGAAAGUGUUUGGCGCAUAUCUUCGAGAUUGGAGACAGGAAGCUCCUGUUUGAAACGAUCAACGACUUAAUCGCACUUUUAUCGAGCGGAAAAUCGAAAACGGAUGCAGAGCUGCGUACAAAGCAUGCUGCUGUUGUCUGCUUGGGCGAUGUGUUCGCUUCUGCUGGCGAUAGCGCCAUUGGGCUGCACCAACUUGCUUGCUCAACAUUACUUAAGCUUCUCAAGGCCUCGUCUAACCACGCUGGCCUUCGCGCAGCUUGUCUUACCGCACUUGGCAAAAUCGUCGGCAUGAUAGAAGGCAGCAUGGACGAGGUGAUUGCUCGUGAUAUCUGGAAACAAGGACGAAAUCACGCAUCAUCAGACAAGGGACACCUUGUCGUUGCUUCUGCUUGUAGAACUCUCAAAGUGCUGUUCAAGCACACACCUUACUUCCUGAACUCGGGCGACUUUGAUAAACUGGAGUCGGCGAUAUCGAAAGCAUUUGAUUCUCCUUCCGUUCAAGUACGUCAGGCUGCUGCAGAGUGCUUCGCUGAAGCCCUGUUCCAAGGCCAUUCGGAGGGUGGCCUUCCCGAAGUGGCAUCUCCCAAGGGUAAAAAGACCAAAAAGGCGUUGAAACGCCAGUCUACCAUUCCUAAUAUUGCCGAUGAUGAACUCGAGAUUCCCUCUAGGUCUGCGAGUCCGGCUCCAUCAGGCAAGCGUAGCCAAGUGCUGGCGUUAUCUCUAUCAGACAUCUUAAAGAAUUUGGCUUCACAGUAUACCAAAUCAACAGCCUCCAACAGGACUCGAGCGGCCAUCGGUGUAUGCUAUGGUAAACUUUUCAGACGACUGGGGGAGAAGGUUGUUGAAACAAACUAUCUAAAAAUCGUCGAGAGUCUCGCGAUCGACGUGCUGGGUUAUCCUGCAAUCGCCAACAAUCGGUACAAGCUCUUGGUUUCCAGAAAGAUCGUCGAUGUUGUCGUUCAGGAUGUUAUUGGCCGCAAGAUACUUGGCGAAUCAGGCCAAAUAUCGGCUGCCAAGUCACUUAUUAACAAUAUCUUCAAGAACUACCCUCAGGCAUUAGCCGAGCGACCAGAGCCUUCUAAGCACACACUGAUCGCGACACUCAGCGCCGUGUCAUCACUUAUCCAAUCACUGGGCUCGGCAGCAAACACCUUUGCAGAGUCAUGUAGAGAUGGUCUCUUGCAAGUCUUGCAACACCCUAGUUAUACUGUUCAAGUUUUUGCAUCACACUGCAUGAAGACCUUGGUACUCGCUUGCCCUCAGCAACUUCUUCCAUGUCUCUCAGUCUGUAUGAAUAGCCUUAGCCGAGAGCUCUCCCAGCUCGGAUCUGGUCGCAACUCUCCAAGAAGAUGCAUUGGGUUUGCUCACGGGCUCGCUGCCACCUUGAGCGCGAGUCCCGCUCGUCCUCUCCAUGGGUCUGUCGAGAUUAACAGUCGCGUAUUGACUAUCGCGACUAAUAUGUUGAAGUCGAGCAGUCAAGCGCAACUUCGUGUCGCAAGCACACAGAUUCAGGUCGCUUGGAUUCUCAUUGGAGGCUUGAUGUCCUUGGGGCCAAACUUCGUCAAGAUUCAUCUCUCUCAGUUGCUUUUGCUAUGGAAGAAUGCUCUCCCAAAACCGCUAGCCAAAGAUAAUACUUCGGCCAGGAGUUUCCUCGAGGUCUCUUUCUUGACGCACGUACGGGAAUGCGCAAUGGGCUCGAUAUUGGCCUUUCUCGAGUUCAACAGUCGUCUCUUGACCGUAGACGUGUCAAAGAGAAUCGCGACGAUGCUUCAGAACACGACAGCUUUCUUGCGGACUCUUCCCUCCAAGAAAAACUCAGACGACGUUAAUCAGAGACUGGCACCUUCUUUGCAGCUUUCCGAUCUUGAAAUGAUGGUUCAACGAAGAGUCUUGCAAUGUUACGUGAAGCUUGUUAACCUCAGCCCAGCUGGCGGUAGCGAGUCUCUUUUACAGUCAAAUCUUUUGACGCUUGCAAUCUCGUUAUUCGCUGAUCCGGAAAAUUAUGCACCAAACUCUCUGAGUGCUUCAAUCGCCAAUGCGGCCGCUACAUUCGAAUCUAUUUGGGAUGUGGGCGACAACUCUGGCUUUGGUAUCACUGGCCUGGUCGCUGGACCGCGUGUGCGAAAACUCCCUGGGCAGCAAGAAAAUUCCGAUGACCCUAGGGAUGAAUUUGACAGCCCCGAUGACACGAUAAACAACUUACUUCGCUCCCCGAUUUGUGGCAGCCUCGAACAUGAUGCGUCUGUCUUGUACAUUGGUAGUACCGAUCACUCUUCAACCACACCCGAUCCUCCAGCUACAGAAGUCAUCAAUGCAGCCAUCCAAUUGUUCGCAUUUGCAUUUCCACUCACUCCAGGCAAGGUUCAGGAGAGUAUUUUGGAGCAAAUCCGAACAUUUGCAUCUGCUGGCACUCUUAUCAGAGAUCCCGGACGUAAGGCUGCCAUGAAUGUCAAUCUGGCUGUUGCUAUUCUCUCUACGAUGAGGGUAGCUGUGAAGGAGACCAAAUCGCCGUCUGGAGAUGUUUCGAACCAAGCCGUUGAGGCAUUGUUGCAAGACAUUGUUCGUGAUUUUGUUCUUGAUUCAGACGAACACGUCAGAAGCUUAGGGUAUGCUGCUACGGCUCGCUUGUGUAAUGUCUACGGAAAUGCAUUCACGAACAACGAGAUCAAGUACCUGGUUGAUACCAUUGUUGGUAACCGUGAGCCUAGCGCAAGAGCAGGGUGUGCCAUGGCGCUCGGCUCAAUCCAAACGCAGGUUGGAGGCAUGGCUGCUGGGUACCAUCUCAAGACCAUUCUCGGUAUCUUGAUGUCUCUUUGCAAUGAUCCUCACCCAGUGGUUCAUUUUUGGGCACUCGAAGCGCUAUCGCUAGCAUCAGAUGCUUCAGGGCUCAGCUUUGCCGGCUAUGUACCCAGUACUUUGGGAAUGCUCGUACAGCUCUACGUUUCCGAAACACACCACGCCGAAAUCUCGUCGGCAAUCACCAUGAAUAUUGAAAUGGAUCUUUCCACGACAUCCGCCAUUGCUCGAUGCGUUGAUUCGCUCAUUAAUGUCUUGGGUCCUGAUUUGCAGGAUGCCUUGAAGUCACGAGAGCUGAUAUUCACUCUUGUGAACCGUUUCCGCGAGGAAGAUGAUCUGUUGGUACAAAGGGCAGCGCUCGGCUGUCUUGAGCACCUAUCUCUUUACGCUCCUGGUCAUAUGCAUUUCGCCGAUUAUGUAAAGAUUCUUCAGGGGUAUCUUAUGUCUGAAUCCACUACGCUACGGGAUGUAUCAGUAGACGGAAUACAUAAUAUGAUGAAGCGGAAUCCUCAAGACGUCCUCCGCGAAGCAGAGACGGGUUUUGAGGAACAGCUCUGGCUUGUUCUCGACACGGCGCCAUCUCAUGACGGAAUCCGCAAUAUCAUUCGUAACUGGAUGCAUUCUACGUGCCUUGCAGAAACGAAUGCAUGGCUUCAACGAUUCCAGGCGGUUUUGAAGAUGACAAGGGCUAGGCCGAAGACUGAAGAGGCUCAAUCUGGAUCCAGGGGUGGUGGCUUGCCCGAUCUGCAAGAUGAAGAGGUUGCUGGUUUCGCUACGGCGGCUGGUGCUGCUAAGGACGAGAAGGAGACCAAGGCGACUUCCGAGGUUGAACCCCUGCGAUGGCAGGUCACCACCUUUGCGUUGAGUUGCAUUGAUGAGAUGUUUGCGAUCAUCGCCAAGGACGUAACUGCCAACGGAGAGUCUAAAGCACAGAACGACCUUCAAAGUAGGAUUGCCGACGUUGUUCGUAUGGCGUUCUCUGCAUCGACGUCAAGUGUUUUGGAGCUUCGAAUCUGGGGCUUAAAAAUCAUAGGAGAUGUACUGAAGAUGUUCGGCAAAACUCCCGAUCCAGACUUUGAGGAAGCGAUGCUGCUAGAGCAGUACCAGGCCCAGAUUAGUUCAGCACUCACUCCAGCUUUUGCUGCCGAUUCUUCACCUGAACUUGCUUCAGAGGCUGUCAACGUCUGCGCUAGCUUCAUCUCCAUCGGAAUUGUUACCGAUGUGGACCGUAUGGGCAGGAUUCUCAAGACCCUUGUUGGCGCUCUAGAGAACUUCUCCAAGGAUAGUGAGAAUGCUGCCAUUGGUGACCUGAAGAGUCUUAGUUCCAACGCGCAAGUGAUGGUCAAGAUCUCCGUCUUCUCCGCUUGGGCGGAGCUGCAGGUCGCAAGCUCUGAGCAGCACUAUCUAUUGGAUGUGCUCAGGCCUCAUAUCGGCACUUUAACACCUUUGUGGCUGGAGUCUCUGCGUGAAUUCGCGCGUCUUCGAUUCGAGCCUGAUAUCUCAAUGACUUUGGGACCUCCCUCAUUGUCUGGGAGUCUCGACAGCAUCUAUGCAGCUCUAAAUCGGGAGACACUACUACGCUUCUACCAAGAUGCUUGGCUAAAGCUAGUGGAUGCCAUUGCUAGUCUGAUUGAGCAGGAUAGCGAAUUUGUGUUUGAUGCAUUAGAUGGAAAGGAAUCAGAUGGCCCUGCAGCCAGCGGCAAAGGCAAGAGUUCUGAUAUCAACUAUCGAGAUGAACCUGUGGCGUUCUUUUUUGUCCUGUUCGGUCUUGCCUUCGAAGCGCUUGCUACUCGUUCCGGGCAAAGCGACUCCUUAGCAGCACACGACCAAACACUGGCUAUCUUGCAAGCACUCAAGAAAAUUCUACACCCCAGCGUGUCUGGCCAUGCUAUCUAUAGGCCGGAUGUGUUUUCUGAGACAAUGGAUUUGCUGGACCGCCUAGUCCUGACCGAAAGUCUUGAUAUUCAAGGCGUGAUCGUCGAGAUUGCCAGAAGUCUAUGCAUCGCACACCCUUCCGCCAGGCGCCACGCCAAUGAGGAGGGUGACCUGUCUGACGACAUCGAUCAACUCUUUGAGCUUACUCGCAUCAUUGUCCUGGUUCUUACGGGACUUCUGCCGAACCUCUCGGAAGGAAACCAGCCAGCUAGGCACCAAAUGAACGAGGAAGCUAUCUUGCUGAUACAAUCUUCUCUGAAUGCGCUCGUAGAUGCUGCAGAGGUCUUCCCCGCCAUCAUCAAGACAGAUUUGCAUGCCUGUAUCGUGCACAUUUUUGCCACGAUUCUGUCAACUCCUGGUUGCCAAGAGCUGAUCGCUCCGCAGUCUUUGCCCACAUUGAAGCGAUUCGUUGGUAGCAUGUCCAAGUCACGAAGAAGUCAUAGCAAUGGCGAGCCAUCUUCUACAGAUAUCCAACUACAAGGAUGUUUGCGUAGGUUCCUUUCGAUCUACCUCAACGCACAGAAGCGCGAGUCGCCUCAAUCUCUCACAUGUGUCAAGAACUGCCUUAUGGCCACGACUAUUCUUUUCACUGGAGGUCAAAACCACCUGCCAGCUUCUGAAGCCCUUGUAGCACGUUAUCUAGACGAGCUGAUGGAUUGUCUCACUGAUCGAAUGACUGCCAAGAUUGCGGCCAACUGCGUCAGAUCCAUACUACUCCAGCCGUCUUCGACUGGUGCCGACCUCAGCAUUGCUCGCUACUUGUUUCCCAGGCUGGUAGCUUUUGUGGCCGACACGGACCCUGAAGAUCCCGAAAACGCAAGGGCCUUGGUUGCUCACACGCUGUGCCAAUAUGCGGGUGCAGUCGACAAGGGUCGACGUCUGGCAGCCAUUACAGUGGUGGUACCAACGCUGAUGGCGCGGGCUACAGCUGAAGGCGAGGAGGUGUACCAAGAGACUAGUGCGCGGUUGCUGGAGCUCGCAGCAACAGACCAGGAGGUAUUCAGAGCUGUGGUUGGGGGCAUGAGUGAUGGACAGAAGGGAUUCCUCGAGGAGGUGAUCCGAUUUGGUCGUCAAAAUACAAGCCAAGUGAGCAAAGCGGCCGCAGGGGAUUCUGGGCAGCCAACUAUUGCGUUGAAGAUGAACUUUGGCGGUUGA